AUGGCCGACUACGCCUCAGACUCGUCAGACGGCGAAUUUACAGAGACAAAUGUCCUUCUGGGAUAUGCCUCUAAGGAGGCCGAAGAGGACACGAUAAGCAAACUGGGAGGCACUCCGGACUGGCUCGACGCAGACAAACCUCCCUCGGCGGCGCUGGCGAGAUGCAAAGUCUGCAAAGACCUCAUGGCGCUGCUCCUGCAGCUCAACGGCGAGCUCCCCGAGAAAUUCCCCUCCCACGAGCGGCGGCUGUACGUGUUCGCCUGCCGCAGGGCGACGUGCCGGAGAAAGGCUGGCAGCGUUCGCGCGCUGCGAGGCGUGAGGGCGUGGAAAGACAGUGCUGAGACGACGACUGAGGGCGAGAAGAAGCAGAAGAAGCCUGAGGCGAAGAGCGAGCCGGAGGAGAAGAAGAAGAAGGAGGAGGAUGGACCUGGUCUUGGGGAGUCGCUGUUUGGGGCGAAGCCUUUGGGACAAGCAGGCGGGAACCCGUUUUCGAGCGGCGCGAAUCCUUUCAGUUCGGGGUCGAGCAAUCCUUUCAGCACCUCUUCGUCCAACCCAUUCUCGAGCCAGCCUGCCAAGCCUGCUGCCCCAGCUGAGAAGCCCGCUGCUACUUCUGCCUCGGCAGCUUCAGCGAGCCUGUCCAAGACAUUUGCCGAAACACUUGCCCUCAACACUACGCCCGCGGGCCCUCCUCCUCCUCCCGAGCCGUGGCCCGAAAAGUCGGCUCAGCCAACUCCUUACCCGACACUCUACCUCGCCGACGCCGACUACGAGACGCUGGAUCCCACAUCGACCACCAAGCUGCCAGCCAACGUGACCAUUGCCGACGCGGACGCCCCGGAACCCUCCGCGCUCGACCGCGAGGCCUUUGAAUCCGCAAUGGACGCCACCUUCCAGAAGUUCGCCGACAGAAUGGCCCAGAACCCGGAGCAGUGCAUCCGCUACGAGUUUGGCGGCAGCCCGUUGCUGUACUCCAAGUCGGACGAGGUGGGCGAGCUGCUGACGAAGCGGACGAUGCCCGGGUGCCCGAAUUGCGGCGGCCGGAGGACGUUUGAGGUGCAGCUCACGCCGAACGCGAUUACGGAGCUCGAGGAAGGGGAUUUGAGCCUGGACGGGAUGGAGUGGGGGACGAUUAUCGUGGGGGUUUGCGAGAGGGAUUGUUUGCCGAGGCAUGUGGGUGUUGAGGAGGCGGGUUAUCUGGAGGAGUGGGCGGGUGUGCAGUGGGAGGAGCUGUCCAAGGGCAAAUAA